AAUUGAAUUCAAUAACCAAUGGCGGAUGCUAGCAAAAAGAGGGACAUUGGAUGAAAUUAUGACACUCAAGGAGCGACGAAAGAUUCGGUUAAUUGUAACUUUUGUGGGAGUACUUUUAAUGGUGGAAUAAUUCGACACAAACAACAUUUAGUGGGUGAUUUCCAGAAUGUUAAACAAUGUGCCGCUUGUCCGUCGGAGAUUAGAGAAGAAAUAAGGGCUUAUAUGCAAAACAAAAUCGCUAAUAAUCCCAAAUGUUAAGUGAGGUAGCCGGAAGAAUAUAUUGAUGUUGAUGAUCUUGAUGAAAUGGAUGAUUAUGAGGAAAUGAUGCCUCCCUCCAAAACUCAAAAGAUAUCUUCUAGUGGAGGUUCAUCCACCGCACGGAAUGUGACGAAAGGACCUUUGAACCUUUAUUUUUAACAAAAAUCAACACAAAAAGGAGGCUUUGAAAAAGGAGGAGGAAUUGAUGAAACAAAGAAAAUUCUAAGAGUGUGCAGUAAGUGCUUUUGCAAUUUGGAUGUAUGAUGCCGGGCUCCCUUUUAAUUGCGUCAAUCUUAAAUCGUUCGAUAAAUUUAUUGAGGCGGUUGGACAACAUGGCCCCGAAAUGAAGCCUCCUACAUUCCAUGAAGUUAGAGUCACUCAUCUUAAAAAAGAGGUGGAUAAAAUAGAAAAAAUUGUUGAUGAGCAUAAAGUGCAAUGAACAAAGUUUGGAUGUUCCAUUAUUAUGGACAAAUGGACGGCACGAAAUGGCAAAAUGAUCAUCAAUAUUUUGGUGAAUUCUCCAAUCGGUAGUGUAUUUCUUGGUUCUGUUGAUGCUAGCAAUGGAUCUAAGGAUAACACAAAAAUGUAGAAGUUAUUUGAAAGCACUAUCGAGAGAAUUGGACCGGAAAAUGUUGUACAAAUUGUCACCGAUAAUGCUAGUGAGAAUGUCACAGCCGGAAGUAUGAUGAUGGGUGCGUACCCACACAUUUAUUGGACUCCAUGUGCCGCUCAUUGCAUCAACUUAAUAUUUUGUGACAUAUUCAAGGUUAAGCCAUAUGCUUCCGUUUUCAAGAAGGCCAUCAGAAUCCAUUCUUACAUUAGUCAAAGACCAUUGUUGUUAAACUUGAUGAGAAAAUUCACCAAAGAAAGAAAUUUGGUGAAACAGGCCAAGACAAGAUUUGCAACGACAUUCUUAACUUUGAGAGUUAUGUACAUACAAAGAAAAAACUUGAGAACUUUAGUCCUCUCAACCGAAUGGAAUUCAAGUAAAUUUGCAAAGGAAGUUUUGAGGAAAGAAGUUGCCAAUCUUAUUAUUCCUGUCCAGUUUUGGAAUGAUGUUGUUCGGAAACUUACAGUUUUGUGGCCCUUUGACAAAAGUGCUUCGUUUGGUGGAUGGGGAGAAAAAACUACCAUUGGUUAUAUUUAUGAAGCAAUGGAUAGAGCCAAAGAAGCUAUUGCACAUGGUUUUCGUGGAGUUAAGAAGCAAUAUGAGAAAGUGUAUGAAAUUAUUGAUGCAAGGUGGUCAGAACAACUCCAUCGGCCUUUGCAUGCUGGGGGCCAUGUUUUGAACCCAGUAUUAUAUUAUAAAGCUCAACAAGAGGGAACUUUAGCAAAGUCUCUGUGGACCGAGUAUAUUGCAUGUGUUGAGAAGUUGGUCCAUGAUACAACAAUACCAGAUGCACUAGUCGCUGAGCUUCCUAAGUACAAAAUGGCGGAUGGACUAUUUGGUUGUGGUCCGGCUAAAAAUGCUAGAGACACAAGGUCACCGGUGAAACACCAAACUUGCAAGAGUUUGCCAUGAAAGUAUUAAGCCUAACUUGUAGCUCAUUCGGAUGUGAGCAAAAUUGGAGUUUGUUUGAACAUGUAAGUAAAAAUUUAUAUCCUAAUUUUCACAUUAUAUUAUUAUCAAUAUCAACUAGUUAAUAUCAAUAACUUAUGCACAGAUUCAUUCCAAAAAGAGGAAUAGGCUUACACUAUGGCAUCUCAAAUGAUCUAGUGUACAUUACAAUAGAACAUUGAAACGUCGUUAUGAUGCUCGUGAUCUUAUUGAUCCAAUUCGCUUGGAUAACAUAGAUGAUUCAAAUGAACGGUUAGUUAGAUGCCUCGAAGAUCAAGAUGAUGAACUAGUAUAUGAGGAUGAUGAUCUUUGUUGCUGCGACAAAUGGAGCGGACGAGAGUAUCUAUCAUCUUAGCGGACUUUCUUCAAGAUCAAGAGCACUUGACAAGGGCAAAGGAGUAGAAAGUACAUCUACAAGUUCAUCUUCAAGUAGGACUCAGACACUAAUUGAUGAAUAAUAUGAGGAGGAAGAAGAUUAAGAGCAAUAUAAUGAUGUAGAGGAUUUUGAUCUUCAAGAGUUGGAUAAUUUUGAAGAAGAAUAGACUUUUAAAGUUUUAGUUUAUUGUAUUUUGAAUUGUUUGAUCUUUAAAGUUUUAGACAUUUUAGUAUCUACGAUUGGUUUUUGAAUUGAAUAUUUGCUAAUAUGUGUUAUUGCUAUUAAGAUUUUGGAUAAAAUAUACAAUUAAAUAUUUUUAA